CCAAAUUACAUAAAAUAACAACAGCUCAAAAUGAAUAAACUGUUUACUGUUUGUUCAUCUCUUGACACAGGAAGUAAAACAAAACAACAGGCCAAAAUGUCUGAUAAAAAGAUGACAGCGAGCCGUAGGAACUACCUGAAGAGCUUGAUGCUCCAGAUCGCUGCCGGCUUGCUCGAGGCUGAGGCGGUUGAGGCUGAGGCAGAGAAGGCCAGGUAUAUGAAGGAGAACUGCCCUGCGCCAGAAUUCUUGGUAUGCAUGGCAGAGCUCACGGACUUGUGCAAGAAGCUCCAUCAGAAGAUCGAGAGAGUUGAUGAGGAGAGAUACGACAUGUCAACCAAGGUGACCAAGUCCGAGAAGGAGGUUGAGGACUUGAAGAUGAAGGUAGUUGAACUGAAUGGAAAGUUCAGGAAGCCCGUCCUGAAGAAAGUCCGCAUGUCUGCUGAUGCUAUGCUCCAGGCUCUGCUGGGCUCCAAACACAAGGUGUCCAUGGAUCUGAGGUCCAACCUGAAGCAAGUCAAGAAGGAGGUCAAGGAAGAGGACAAAGAUGCUGUGGGUGACUGGCGUAAGAACAUCGAAGACAAAUCAGACAGAAAGAAGAUGUUUGAGACUCAUAAGGAGUAGAUGUUACUGGAGUUCCAGACAGGAAGAUGUUUGAGACUCAUAAGGAGUAGAUGUUACUGGAGUUCCAGACAGGAAGAUGUUUGAAACAGCUACGUGAUUCCCCCCCCCCAAAAAAAAAUAUAUUGUGCAAUAUUUAUACUAAUUGUCAUCAAAUAAACCCUGGUCAGCUAA